CAAACAGAUAACAAGACAUACACAAACACACAACUCAACUGUCUAGUCUCCCUCUCCACUUGAUGUCCUAGAGAGAACAACUUCUUCCUCCACCCAUACUACAAAGGGGGAAACGAACCAAAACGCAAACAAGAAAAUGAAGUGGGCUCUUCUCCUACUAAACGCCAUCUUCCUCACCAUCGGCGCCUGCGGCGGCCCCAUGGUCAUGCGCCUCUACUUCAUCCAUGGUGGCAACCGAGUAUGGCUAUCGAGCUGGUUGGAAACCGGCGGCUGGCCCAUCAAUUUCAUUCCUCUUCUCGUAACCUACUUCCUCCGCCGCCGCAAAGAAGGCCCCGCCGCCAAGCUCUACUUCAUGGGACGUCCGGUGUUUGUUGCCGCCACUGUCAUUGGCAUCCUCACCGGACUCGACGACUACCUCUAUGCCUACGGGGUUGCCCGCCUCCCUGUAUCGACCUCCUCUCUGGUGCUUGCGUCCCAACUGGCUUUCACCGCGGUCUUCGCAUUUCUUCUGGUGAAGCAGAAGUUCACUCCGUAUUCGAUCAACGCAAUAGCGUUGCUCACCAUCGGAGCAGGUGUUCUAGCUCUUCACACGAGCAGUGAUCGGCCGGAGGGAGAGUCGAGCAAGGAGUAUUUUAUGGGUUUCUUCAUGACGGUGGCAGCUGCAGUUUUGUACGGGUUUAUACUGCCGUUGGUGGAGAUGACGUAUAAGAAGGCAAGACAGGCUCUCACUUAUACGCUGGUGUUGGAGAUUCAGGUGGUCAUGUGUUUCUUUGCUACUGUAUUCUGCACUAUUGGUAUGGCUAUCAACAAGGACUUCAAGGCAAUUCCAAGGGAGGCAAGAGAAUUUGGACUCGGCGAAACAACAUACUAUGUGGUUCUGGUUUGCAGUGGCCUAGUAUGGCAGGGUUUCUUUCUGGGUGCAAUAGGAGUCAUCUUCGCUGGCUCAACUCUGCUCUGUGCUAUCAUCAUCGCCGUUUUGCUCCCGAUGACAGAAAUCCUUGCCGUUAUUUUCUAUAAAGAAAAGUUCACAGCAGAGAAGGGGGUUUCUCUUGUUCUCUCACUAUGGGGAUUUGUUUCCUACUUUUAUGGUGAGCUGAAACAUAGCAAGGAGAAGAGUGAAACUCAAACUCCAGAAACAGAGAUGGCAGUAGAUAUUAGUGUCACCACUCCAUCAUGAAUUAGUGUAAGACCAGCAUUAAUGAGCGGUGUACUUGAAAUGAAUAUAAAACUUGAGCUGGCAUAUUCAAAUAGAGGUUAUUAACGUGUAGAAAAUCCUUAAAUUCAUUUACUAACUUCCAUGUCAGAAUAACAGAGAUCGCCCAAUCAAUUUGCUGGAAAGAAA